AUGGGGACGCCGCUGCUCCUCUCGGCUCUGGGCGCGCUUCUUUGUUCCGCCGCUGCUGGAGAAGCUCGCGGAGCGCGGAGCUGAGCGGAGACCCGGCAGGCGCUGGCGAGCCGCGGCUUCUCACUCGCUUCGGUCCCGCCCACCCUCAUCUCGGGAGAGCACCUUCGCAUCUGCCCCCAGGACUACACCUGCUGCGCCAGCGAGACGGAGGAGCGGCUCAGCGAGCAAGGGCAGGCAGAUCUCCGGGCGCCGUUGGGGGAGCCGGGCGCCUUCCUGAUCCACACCCUGAGCUCUCGCCAGCGCCGCUUUCAGGACUUUUUCCAGGAGUUUCUUGCUGGAGCUGAGCGGUCCCUCCAGGCCAUGCUUGCCCGUUCCUAUGGGCGCCUUUAUAUGCAGCAUGCCCGCCUCUUCCAGGGAUUAUUUGUGGAGUCACGUCACCUUAAGGGGUCUCGGCCCGGCCUAGAUGAGGCCCUGAGCGAUUUCUGGUCUCAGCUCUUGGAGCGAAUGCUGCCUCUGCUUACCCCAGAAGGGUAUCUGGAGUGUGUGGGGCACCAGGUGGAAAGCCUCCAUGCCUUUGGAGACAGCCCCCACCAGCUCGCUCCCCAGGGGUCUCGGGCUUUCCUCGCUGCUCGGGUCUUUGUUCAGGGCCUGGCCACUGGGCGGGACAUCGUUGCCCAGGCAGUUAAGGUGAGUGCUUGUGCAGGUAUGAACCUCCCUUUAGGUGGGGCCAAUGCUGGAGAGCCUCAGGAGAGAAGGAAGACUGGCAGCUUCUCCAAAUCUUCUUCUCUGGGGCUGCCUUCUUUGCAAAGAAGACAGCCCCAGAGCUGUCCUUGCAGCUGGGGUGUCCAAGACCUUCCUGUCUUAUUUCUCACCUUCCUGGUUGCCCGCAAUGAGGUUCCCUUGUGGCCCUGUUACCUGCAGUCCCAUCUAGGAGCCAUCCAGUCCCUAAAUCCUCUGACUCAUCUCAUCUCCCUCCCCCUUCAAGCAAACCCAGAUGUUUUUAUUCAAGUAUAGUUUUGUUUGUCCUGUCCUGCUAUUUCUUUAAGGAGAUCGUACAUAUGUAGGUUUGUAUUUAGGUUUGAUGUUUCUAAACUAUAUUUCUUAGAGAUUACCCUGUUCUUCCAGGGUCCCGUCACACAGUCCGGUUAGCUGUGCAGACAAGGCCCUUUCCUACGGGCCUAAUGCUUUC